AUGGCAAUGAAGGUGUACGAGUAUGGGCCAGCAAUGUCGACGAACGUGGCACGCGUUCUUGUCUGCCUGGAGGAGGUCGGCGCAGAGUACGAUGUAGUCCCCGUCGACAUGACCACCAGCGAGCACAAGAGCCCGGCGCAUGUUGCCCGCAACCACUUCGGUCAGGUCCCAGCUUUCCAGGAUGGCGAUCUGAUUCAUUACGGUGAGAUUGCAACAAACAAUGCUCGUUCCUUGCUUGGUUUGAUCCAAUAUUAUUGA